UGUCGUGGUUGCGCGCUUUUAUGUUGGAAAGUUCGGUUUUUACCCACUGCACACUGCACCGCAUUGUCGUGGUCGUUAUCGUUGUGGACGUCGUCGUCGUUGUUGUUGUUGUUACCGACUCAACCCAAGACAACAGCAAAAAAAACGUCCAUACGGGAUUUGAGCAAUGCCACCUACUAGUAGGAAUCCAAAACAAAAACAAAAGCUAGACUAGGUUCCCUCAGUUCUGCGACGGCGGUGACGAUCGCGUGGAGCAAUAUCCUUUCCCGGACUAGCACAGGAUUAAAGGGAAUCUUUUUGCUUAACUCGAAAUAUAACCCUGAACACUUAGGCCCUUCCCAUAACGAAUCGAUUUUAGUGAUUCCUGCACGGUACUCGUAGUUUCUUCGCAAAGCAACGGAAGACAGCGAAAAUCUCGGCCCGCGCGCUGGGAGCCAUAGGGUCUGAUCAAACUCUCUGAUAUCCUUCGGUAGCGUCCAAGUUGCGUCUCACCCCACCUCCGAUCCCAAUCGAUAGGCGAAGAGCUCCCAGAAUUGAUUAGUGUGACAAGUGUAGUGACAGCGUUCAUAAUUUGAGGGAUUUCAGUGCGUCCGCGGAAGGCUAGGCGAAGAUCCGCCUGUAAAGAUUACGCCGGGCUCCCACAGCAGUGGUAGAUUCUCGCCGGUCGAUAGCUCGGUUUCGGAUUUCGUUUCGGGGGUUGUUGUUAUCGUGGUUUGAUUGGUCAGUUCUCAUCGGAAGAAGAUAUUUGACGGAAUAGGAGCCCUGCUUCCUUCCCCCGCGGCGACGCGUGCACACUAGAAGAAGGCGUGUGUUUGACCGCCGAGUCAUUGAACGGCGCCGCGUUCGCUUCGCGCGUAUGACUACUAGUGAUUGCUCGACGGUCGAUGCAUGCGUGCCUGUGUGAGUGUGUGCGUGUACCGGCUAGCAACCUAGAGCAGCGGAAUCGCUUCACGGCUUUGGUGAACCAUCUAGCGACAGAGGCAGAGAGAGAAAGAAGAUCUCAACCAGUUGAUUCCGUCAACGGACUCAUCAAACUGUCAUCCAUUGCCAAAUUGUUGCCAGUUGUUAGCGUAUUUUCUUCGGCUAAUUAAACUAAUUUCCCGUGGUGACGACUGUUCGGUACAAUUCGCAAGGCUUUCUCCAAACGUCGUGACAAUGGUCAACCCAAAUGACGGACUGCCAAAGGCCAACGAACUGGGUCAGGUGAAUUUGUGCAACGUGAAUAAUUAGUUCGGAACACGUGCCGCGAUCGCGAGUGAUUUAGUGAAAACAGUGAACUUAGCUGAAUCGGUGAAUUGAUUUUCGAAUUUGAUUGUGUGAUAUUCGUGCUCGGCAAAAGUGCGAUCCCAUAGUGUUCGCAACGGAGUUCAACAUGGAUAUGACGUCGGCGGCUGAAGCCCGGAGUUGGUACGACAACCAACGGCUGGGGGCUUCUCCCGGGACUUCGGCUGCCGUUUUGGGACACCAAUCGGCGGCAGUGGCAGCCGCCGCAGCCGUCAUGGAUCCCUCCGAGCUGAAUCCGUUCUACCCGAUGGAGAAUGGCUCCCACCGGCGGUACUACCCCAGCAGCUACGGACCACACGCAUCCCGCAUGGCAUCGUCACACGUCUCGCCUCAAGUCUGCCGACCGCACUUCCACGGUCCCCUAUCCUGGCUAAGCGAUCCGGCCAAACCCUUAGCAUCCGGAUCCGGUGCUUGGGGAAGUCCCUUUGCCUGCCCGCAAGACCCACAGGACAAGCUGAGCCAUGCCGGACUAGGCCUUUCGUCCGGUCAAGGCAACAUCAGUCAAGCUAUCGGCGCCGGUGGUAGUAGCAGUAGUGGUAUCGCCAGCAGUAGUCAACACCUGUUCUCGUUUCCGCCAACGCCACCCAAGGACUCUACGCCGGACUCGAUACAGACGGCACCGACCGAGUACCAGGCCACGAUCAACGCCUUCAUGCACCAGGCCCAGGUCACUUCAAACAGUAUAGCACAACAAGCGGCCGCUGCGGCGGCCCACGAUAGCUGCAUGCUGGACGUGAAGCCUUGCCUGACGGGAGGUUCCUUGGGGUUGAACGGAAGUAGUGCCGGUGGGAGUGGCUCCGGAGGCUCUGGCAACAGCGGUGGACAGAACCAGCAGUCCAAGCAGCGGGAAGGUACGGCCAUGAACUCCGCAAUGAACGGUGGUUCUAGUAGUGGUAGUGGUAGCAGCAGUGCAGGCAACCAUUCGCUGUUCGACACGGGAUCAUAUGGCGCCGGUGGAUACGCCGAUACCGUGGGCAGCAAUGGUGGUGGCUAUGGAGGAGGAGGAGGAGGAGGUGGCAGCAGCUAUCAUCACCAGCAAAGUGGUUCGUUUCAACCCAAUCCACGUUCUACCGGUAUGUCCGGUGGCCAUCAUUUGAAGUCGCAGCGGACGAAGGCGCGUACUAGUGCCGAGGGCCGAGAGUGCGUCAACUGCGGUGCGACAUCGACGCCCCUCUGGCGACGGGACGGUACCGGCCAUUACCUGUGCAACGCCUGCGGACUCUACUACAAGAUGAACGGCCAGAACCGGCCGCUCAUCAAACCGAAGCGAAGACUGGUCAGCUCUCUGCAAAGUGCGGCGCGGCGAGCGGGUACCUCCUGUGCCAACUGCAAAACGACCACAACCACUCUCUGGCGACGGAACCAAGGUGGCGAACCUGUUUGCAACGCCUGUGGCCUAUACUACAAAUUACAUAAUGUAAACCGACCACUAACGAUGAAGAAAGAAGGUAUCCAAACCCGAAAUCGGAAGCUGUCGUCGAAAUCUAAGAAAAAGAAAGGCAUGCCCGGGUCGUGUCUUCCUCUGGGUAGCCACCUCGGUGAUCUGAUGAAGCCACUGGAUCACAACAAAUCCUUUCCGGGAGGUUUUCCCGGGUCGAUGGGUCAGCACAGUCACCUUUCGGGGGGUUUGCAUCCCGCUCAUACGCAUAUGCACGGAGGCUGGUACACAACGGGAAUGGGAGGCCUCGGAACGACCAGCAGUCUGCAGAGUGGCUUCGGAAGUGCCGGCUCGCUAGGAGGUGGCGUCGUACCCCACUCUCAAUCUUACCACUUGGGACUCAAUUCGAUGAGUUGGCGCUCGGAGUACACGUGAUGGAACAGCAGCAACUUCAACAGCAACCUGUUCGAGUUCGGUGCCUCCCCAAAGUUGCAGCAUCUCCACCACGGGCAUCAAACGCAACCGAGUUUGCUUCAGGACGACCAACACCAGUUCCAUCCAUCGCAUCAUAGUUCGGCAGCAGCCGCAGCUGCGUUACAAGCAGCAGCUCUGUUUGAUCACCACCAUCAGCAUCAUCAUCAUCAGCAUCAUAGUCACUCAUCAGCGUUCCACCAUCAGCACGUGUCUCCGCUGGGAAGUGGAAGUAGUGUCACGAGUAGCGGUCAACAUCAACAUCACGAUCAGGAACUGCAACUGGCGGCGGGGGCAGCCAGUCAAGUACAAAUCUAGGUUCCGUAUGGGGUAGAAAAGAUUGUUGCUAUUUGGUUUAAGGCAUUGAUCGAUCCGAGUAACUGUAGGUGUUUGUAUCUGUCGGAGUUUAACUUGACUUAUGAAGUUUUGUAAGCUAUUAAUAUGUAUCAAAUUUAAAUGAGUUGUUGCAUAUCGAGCAGAAAUGUGUAAUAAACUGGAUCGUUUUACUGAAGAAGUAAGGGAGGAUUCCUUGCAGUUUUUUUUUCUAAAAAAAUGCUUGCAGAAUUUUUGCAGUUUUUGUGUAAUUUCUGGAAAAAUAAAUAGCAUAAACAUUUUAACAUCUCCAAAAUAAAUCUUUCAGCGAGAAUUUCUUUAUGAAUUCCACAAAUUCUGCCAGCAUUCGUCCAGAAACUCAGCAUUAAUUUCUUUAGAUAUUCUGUAACUCUGCAGAAGUUCGAUUCAAAUUCCUGUAGAAAUUUAAGUUAUGAAAUUAAUCAUUAUCUCUCCAGAAAUAUUACAAUCUUCCUUCAUAAAUUCCAAAAGAUUAUUUUUUUUUCAGAUAUUCCGCAAGAAAUUCUAUAGAAGUUCUUUUGCUAAAGUUUGGCAAGCAUAUAUGAAGAAAUGCUACAAGAUUUUGUCCAGAAAUUCUGCUAAUAUAAAUCCAGAAAUUUUAAAUAAUAAAUUUCCAGCAAUUUGGCAAUAUUCCUGAGAACUGAGCAGGGUUUUUUUUUUAUAUUCUGCAUACAUUCAUAUGGAAAUGCUGAAUUAUUCGCUUCAGAAAUUUUGCAAAGAUUAAUCAAAUUUUUUUGAAUUAUUUUCUUUAUAAAAGGUACAUGAAUUCCUUUCGCUAUUUCAAAUAUAAUUUCACGAAUAUAUUUUGCUAGUAUUUCACUUACAGUACUGCAUGAAUUUGUUCGGAAAGUGUGCUAAAAAUCCUGCUUGAGUUUCAUCUACAAUCAUUCAUAAAUAUAUAUCCAGAACUCAUGCGAAAAUGUCUCCAGAAUAUACGAGGAAACUCUGACAAAAUUUCUCCAAACAUUCUGCAACAGUUUAUCCAGAAACUUUUAAAUAUUUUCUUAAGAAGCACUGCAAGCACUCCUCUAGAAACACCCAAAAAAUACAAGAUUUUACUAAAAUUAUCCAAGAGAUUUUCGGAAAAAAUUUUAGAACUUCCUCGAAUUCCUGCAAAAAUUUCCUCGACAUUUAUUGAAGAACUGCUUCAAGAACUUCUCAACAAUUUCUGUAACAAUUGAACAGAUCUUUCUUCAAAAAUAUAUUUGUGGUCAGAUUCAUUGCAAAUUUUCCAACAAAUGUAUUGCAAAAUAUCUUGAUAAUUUCUAGCACAUUCACUGGAUAAAUUGUUCCUAGCUCUAUAGAAAUUCUUACAGAAGUUCUGCCAUAAGGUCUCCAGAGAAAAAGAUUCCAUGAAUUCGGCAAGAAUUUCUCCAGAAGAAGUUCAAAAAUAUCUCAAUAACUUAAGCAAGAAUUUUUCCACUACUUAUGGUGUUAUAACUCUGCAAAAAAUUGUGCAAGAAUUUUCUCUACAAUAUUGCGAAAACCGUAAAAAAUAAU